UGCUUAUUUAAUAUUUGUUAUUUCCGACCACAGACCCGGACGAGGAUCCCCAAAAACUCCGAAUAAUGAGGGAGCUCCGUUGAGCAGCAGAGCUAGAACAGACCUCGGCGAUUGGUCAUGAGGCCAAAGGUGAUUUUGUUCGGCGAUUCCAUCACUGAAGAAUCCUUCACCAAUGGAGGCUGGGGUGCAGCCCUCGCAGACCAUUUCUCUCGCACGGCGGAUGUGGUGUUGCGCGGCUACAGCGGGUACAACACGAGGUGGGCGUUGAAGGUGGCGGCGCGAGCAUUGGACGGCGUGUGCGAAGACGGAGAGUGGCCGCUGGCUUUGACGGUGUUCUUCGGAGCUAACGAUGCUUCAAUACAUGAUCGGAGCAGCGGAUUCCAGCAUGUGCCUCUGGAUGAGUAUCAAAGCAAUCUCAGAUCUAUUAUCUCCUUCUUCAAGGAGCGCUGGCCGACGACUGUUAUUGUGCUCAUCACACCGCCACCUAUCGAUGAGGAUGGGCGUCUGAGGAAUCCUUUUGGGGACGACGCAUCCGGUUUGCCUGAGAGGACCAAUGACAGUGCUGGUGCUUAUGCAAAAGCAUGCAUAGCUGUUGCUUCAGAGUCUAACAUACCAGUGAUUGACAUCUGGUCCAAAAUGCAGCAAUUUUCUGGCUGGGAGAAGUCUUUCUUAAGGGAUGGGCUGCAUUUCACGGCUCCAGGGAAUAAGAUAUUAUUUGAAGAGGUGGUGAAGAAGCUUGAAGAAAGCGGUAUAAGUGUGGAUACCCUGCCUGUUGAUCUUCCUCCCUUUAGUGAAAUUGACCCAAAGGAUCCUCUGAAAGCUUUUGAGAGGUGAUCUGAUAUAUGAGCUCAUCAAGGUGAUGGGGUAAAGCAUUCCCUCUCACUUGACAUGAGUAACAGUAAUAUUUUUGUAUAAAUUAUUCUAUGCGGACAUCAGACAUCGUCCGGAGGCCAAUCAGAACGCACCACGUUACUUUUUUGCUCAGUACCGGUGUUGUGUAUUGAGUGAUGUGACGCAUUCUAGUCGGUAUCCGGACCGUCCGAUGUAUGCACAUAAUAUAUUUUUAUGUGAUAUAAUAGCAUAUAUAUAUAUAUGGCUAAUGUCUUUAUGUAUCAUAUGCCUAAAUUAAACAAAGACCUGCACGUCCAUUGCAAUACGAUGUAUCUGCAAAUCUUCAGUUUCACAACAAAUUUCUCUCAGAAGUUAUUAAUGUUUCUAGGAGCUAUACGCUCUCAUCACUGUGAUAGAACUCA